AUGACUCGACAAAAUUCAAGUGGUUCUAUCACAUCAGAUGAGAAAUUGAAGGGCACUAAGGAAGUCAUCACCACCAUCGAAACAGAUUCUUCUUACGAAGCGAAUAAGUUAGCCAAGAAUCCAUUCUUAGAUCCAAAAGUCGAAGAAUUUUAUCGUGAUCUUUACACAAAGUCAAGGUAUGAGAGCUAUUCCGCAUUCGAUCCUACUUUCGAAUGGACAGAAGAAGAGGAGAAAAAGGUUAUUUGGAAGUUGAACUGGAGAGUUGUCUUCACUGCAUGUCUUUUGUUUGUGAGUUUACAGGUUGGUCGUGGUAACUUAAGUCAAGCAGUUUCAGACAACUUUUUGGACGACUUGGGAUUGAACACGAAUGACUUCAAUGUUGGAAAUACCAUUUUUACUUGUAGCUUUUUAGUCUGCAGAAGUUCCAUCACAGUUGAUUUCGAAAGCUUUGGGACCGGAUAUACCAUUCCAGCAACUGUUAUUCAUAUUAUAUUUUUGUUGCUUAUUACUUGGUUUUCAGAAAGAAUCAACGAACGAAGCUUUGUAUGCACAAUCAUGCCGAUUUACACUAUCCCCAUAAUGGGGGUCAUCAGAUGGUGGCCAGGUGCAGGUAAUGAAGCUUGGCCUACUUGGGUUUUGAAUACAUUGUAUUUGGGACAACCUUAUAUUCAUGCCAUUUGUGUUGCAUGGGUCUCAAGAAACUCCAAUUCAGUUCGUAACAGAUCAAUCUGUUUGGCAUUGUACAAUAUUUUUGUUCAAUUGGGAAGUAUAAUUGGAAGUAACAUUUAUCGUGAAGACGAUAAACCGUUGUACAAACGAGGAAACAUGCAAUUGUUUGCAAUUACGUUUAUUUUGUUGCCAAUUUUGUUAUUGACUAAGGCGUAUUAUAUGUGGAGAAACAAGAAAAGAUAG